AUGUCGCGACAUCAGUUUGAUUUAGUCAUGUGCUUGAAACUUCCAGGUUCCCAUAUCGGUCGCCUCUGUGAACGAUGUGAUGGGCGCUGUCCAAUAUGUGACUCUAAUGUUCGCCCAUUUUCAAAAGUAAGGAUAUGCGAUCAAUGUUCUUUCGGUAGCCAAGCUAAUAAAUGUAUAAUAUGUGGUAGUAAAGGUACUAGUGAUGCCUACUACUGUUGGGAAUGCUGUAAACUAGAAAAAAGUCGUGAUGGCUGUCCAAAAAUCCUAAAUGUUGGUAGUAAUAAAACUGAUAGACAUUUCGAGAAGAGACUGGCAGAAAGAUGA